ACUGCGGUGCGUAGCACAACGUAAUUUAUCUUCAAUGAAAGCUGAGAAGGGGUGCGAUUGGCUGUCGAUUCCGAGAUCAGCCCAGAUCUCAGAUACAAAACGAGGCGGACUCGCCUUUUGGAGAACACGGCUAGCAGUAAACUGAGGAGAAAGAGGGAAAAAAAUCCACGAAAAUACAAGCAAUCGCCAAAGGACUCUUCCAUAACUCAUGGGUAUUAUAGCUUGUGACAAUAAGCUUCUGGAAAUGGACAGAAUGCGUUCUUCGUGAGAGUCAUCUUUUUCAGGUGAUGAUAUCAUAUCUGAGAGAUAAAGUCACUUGGAACUCUAUACGGAGCUUACAAUUUUAUUUAUAACGUGCGAACUUCAACUUUGAAUUGAGUCAUGGCUCACUGUCAACACGUAUUGCUGCUGCUUUUUGGAUGGGGUUAUAUUUGCGGUGGACAUUGUAUUAUGCUAAAAGACCAUUUCACUGGGCUAAAGAGAAAUAAGGACUGGAGCGAUCUCAGUAAAGAGCGGGGUAAAGAUCGCCCUACCAAGGAAAAGAAUGACUUGCUCUUACAAGACACAGUGUCGGAACACAUGCAGAUGUUAUAUGAGAAAUACAAUAAAGAAGGCUUUCAUUUCAAGGACGGAAACACGGUUCGCAGCUUCAAAGCUCAUUUGGGUAAUAUCAACAGCAGGCAACUUCAGAUCUUUAACUUAACAUCACUAACCAAGUCAGAAGACAUCCUCUCAGCUACAUUACAUUACCACAUAGGUGACCUCCAGAACAGCAGCCGUAGGUGCGCUGGACCACAGGCAUUUGGCUGCCAUCGAUUGCUGAGACAGACUCCUGUUCACCUCAGCAUCUGGAGUUUUGCCUCUCUGAACAACAGCGCACAGACUCAGGGACACCUCCUUUUAAAUGUCUCCACCGCGUACAGGGAUGUUGCGUACUGGCAAUGGAAAGACAUAACGCACGCCAUCAAUCAGGCGAAACGUCGCUCUGAGCUGCUCAUUGGUUUUGACGUGGACCCUCGAGGGCAGGGUCCCCGGAACGCCCUGCCCUCAGACCGGGCCCCCUACAUUCUGGUGUACGCCAACGACUCCGCCAUCUCUGAGCCGGAGAGCGUGGUGUCCACCCUGCGCCGGCACAGAGGGGCUCUCGCCCCGGGGCUGCGCGGGCCGGGCGUGGACGCGCUCAACAGCACAGUCGAGCGCAGGCCCAGGCGCUCGACCGACGUCCUGCUCCCUCUCCAAAACAACGAGCUGCCGGGGACCGAGCACCCGCACGGGGCCCCGGGCCGGGAGGAGGAGGGGAGCCCCUCGUACGAGCCGCCCGAGGACCGGCCCCCCGCCAAGCGGUCCCGGGCGAAACCCCGCAGGCAGCAGCAGCAGCAGCAGCAGCACAGGCCGGCGCUGCUGCACUUUGACGAGCAGACCAUGAAGAAGGCCCGCAGGAGGCAGUGGGCCGAGCCCAGGCACUGCGCCCGCAGGUACCUGAAGGUCGACUUUGCGGACAUCGGCUGGAACGAGUGGAUUAUAUCCCCCAAGUAUUUCGAUGCCUUCUAUUGCUCGGGAUCCUGCCAGUUUCCUAUGCCAAAGUCAGUGAAGCCCUCCAACCAUGCCACCAUCCAGAGCAUCGUGCGGGCGGUGGGAGUGGUGCCCGGCAUCCCUGAACCCUGCUGUGUCCCAGAGAAGAUGUCCUCGCUCAGCAUCCUGUUCUUCGACGAGAACGCCAACGUGGUCCUCAAGGUCUACCCCAACAUGACCGUGGACUCCUGCGCCUGCCAAUAAUGAUGCAUAGCUUCCCCCUCCAUUUUCAUUUUGCACUGGAACAGAGACCUCACCCGCAAUGCUAUAUAAACGCAAAAGACUGAAAUGAUUGCUGAAGACUAUCUUUUACUCUUGCGGAAGCCUGAAUGCCGAACAAGGGCCACCCUAAAUCCUCAGACGUGCUUGCGGCAGAAGGGAUCACUCUGCUAACACGAUCAGCUUCAGCAAUAAAUUUUAUGAAAUUUUCAUGAUAUAAUAUUGGUUCUACACCACUGUGCAGUCUGAUAUAGUUGCUGUCGGAACACAGAAGUCAUAAACUGAGAGAAUGUCCAUGAAAGCUUUCCUCUUUUUUCACAUAGAUUGACUGCAGUACUGGGGUUACAGAACCACAGGUUUCAAGCACAAAAGUCUGUCUCUUAGGUGCAGUACAGAACUUUGGAUGGAGAACUGGACCAAGGCUAUACAAACCUGGCUGUCUCUCCUCCCUGAUGUGUAUGAAGACAGCCUGGUCUGAAUGUCUAAUUUAACCUCACAUAAUGCAUUUCUGACCACAACAUGCUAGUUAAUAGUGUGCUACCACUGUCUUUUAUCGAUUAUAUUCACUACAUGCAAAAAUCAAGUGUUCUCUGGGUUGCUAUACAUGCCUCUCUCUCUCUUUCUCUCUCUCUCUCUUUCAAAAGUGCCUUUUAUAUGCCAAGUAUAGCUUGCAAAUAUUGCAGUCACUCCUGCUGUUUUUGUUUUUUUAUUUUUUUAUUUUAAAGGUACAAAUAUUAAUGUAUUAAACAGUAAUACCUGAACAUUUUAGGAAUUAGGUAACUCCACAAAAGCUCUCUUCUGUUUCAUACAUCCAGACUGUAGUUUUUAUGUACUUGCACCAGCAGCUGCCAAUAUUACGCAAGUUAUGAACUUCACUGCCUGUGGAUGGUCUUCACUGUGGGACCCAGAAACCAAUGAAAUAGCAGGGAAGCAGGGGUUUAGCAUUCCUUGGUUGCAAUAGCAAGAGCUGUUUUCAUUAGGCUAUUAAUUGGCAGCUAUAUACAAAUGCACAAAUAAAGUCUUCCAAUGGCAGAUCAAGGCACUGUAUUUCAAAGGAAAGUAGAUCCAGACUCAUGUAGAUUCAAAUCGUCAUUGAGUCAAAACACCUUCUCCUAAUACUGCAGACCCUCUUUGGAUAAAACAUUUAAACAGACAUUUUAUUCCUCAUAAUAUUUGAUUAUUCGGCCAUCUUAGAGUUAAUGUGGUGAUUCAUCAUCAAUUCAACUCAAUUCAAUAGCCUUGCCAGAUAUGCCUCUCUCUGGAUGUGGUCUUUUGAACAUUGACAGCAAUGAAAAAUAUACAUUGUCAGUGUUUGAGCGACCAUUUUUUAAAUGAAUUACAGAAGUAUGAAUUAUCCGGAAGCAAAUAUAAAUGUAUAUCAAACAGAUUAGAUACGCAGAACCCUAUAUCCUCUAUAACUGUUGAUUUAAUAUUUCUGCCCCUGUAAUAUUUUCUGCAUGUUUAUUUUUCUCCACUUCGCCAUAUAUUGCUGCUGCUUAAUACCCAGAGAUUAUAUUGUAUUUUAAUCAGUGUACGUUUGCUUGUACAGAAUGUAAAAUGCAUACCGGUGUGAUGCAGAAUACAGAUGGAUAUAUUAGUUCAAUACAAUGUUUAUAAGAAUAAUUAAUGGAGCACUAUUCAAAUGUAUAAAUAUAGACACUAGGGAUACAUAUAUCUGAGUUGAUUUAACCUCAUGUUUCAAAAAGAAAAAAAAAUUCUAUACUUUUUUAUUGAAGAUAGGAACAUAAGAAAUAAGACCUGGCUUUUGUUGGUGCAAAUUAUAAGUUAUUACAAAAAUUUACUUUCUGAGAAAAAAAUAAACCAUUUGCCUGUUUUAACCUUUUUAAGAGUUGAAUAAUGUUACUGUGUGACACACUUCAUGGGUCAGGUUUUGUAAUUAAAUUUGAGUUCAGGAGUGAUAAAGUUAACCCACUUUCCCGGUUAGAAAUGUUGGUUUAAAAAAACUCAGUACCGUAUCCUUACUUGACAUUAGACCUUACCCAACUCAACCCCAUCACAAUAGUCAACUGUGUAAUUGUUACCAACAUUUAAUCUAUUUUUAGACACACUAAAGUUGGUUAACCAAGUAUUUAUUUUUUUAAAUAGAUGCAUACAUUAUAUAGAUAUGUAUAUUGGUUUUGUAUAUACUGUAUGUCUAUAACAGUUUGAUUACAAUGGUUUUUUGAAAAACGCAAGUGCCUUAUGAAGUAUUUCAUUCACAUAAUGUUUUGCUAACUAGGGCAAGCAGAUCUGUUCUCUGAAAAAAAGAAAAAUGAAUUGGAACUUGAAAUAUGAGGGUUGUUUUUUUUUUUUUUUGUAAAAAAGAAAGUGUGUGAAAGUGAACUCCAAGGAAAGUGUUUAGCUGUAUGAAUAACACUAAACACAUGGAAACUCAAUGGCCCGUUACAAGCCUCAUUUAUAAAUGCUGGCCACAUCCAACCAAACUGGGGGUUUGUUUUCUUACAGAAUCACCCCAGGGGCAUUUUGCAGCUACCCAGUAAUCACUUCUGAAGAGUGUUUUCCUGGUACCAUAGGUUACCAUAUAUCAGAUUCAGGCGACCCCAGCUCACUGGAAUUUCCAUUUUGGCUGGAAAACAAACACCCAUGCAAGCCUUCCUAACUUGGACUGCAGCGCUUUUUCAAAUCUGUUUAAAUUUUUCAAGCAAUUCCAUGCAAAUGUGUAUUCAUCGAGAGAGUGUAAUUUCUGCAAUGUCUUAUUGUAUUUUAAAUUCACGAUGCAGUAAUAUCAGAGGGUAAUUCAUUGCUAUUUUUGCAAGCAAGGAUCUGUGCUUGUAGCAACUGUAUAUGUAAGGGGCAGCUUUGUAUUAGUAUUUGUCCUUUUCCAACCUUUGCCCCAAUACAUUAACAUGCUAUAGUGAUCCAUGAUUAAGAAGGGUGUGUAUGAUUAAGAGGGGGGUGUAUUUUAUUAAACCAACCAAUUCAUUUUUUAUUUUUAUUUUAUCCUAGAAAACAAGAAAAAGAAGAACAUGAUUUAGUGUAUGAAGGAAAAAAAGGACAUUACUGCAAGCUAAAUCACAUCUCUUUUGCAAUAAAUAGUGCCAGAUCACUUUUUAAUUAGCUCAUUGUAUGUUUUAAGAAUCAGAGCCUCCACAUUGUACAUUAUGUAUUGUAAAUGUUUAGUUGUAGGUAAAACAAGAUGUCUGUACAAUAAGCUACAUAAAAUAUGUAUUUGUAUAUGGAACAGAACAUUUAAAGAUGCUUUUACUAA